AUGGAGGUGAAGUGGGAUUUGGAGGCAACCAAAAAGGAAAAACCAUUGGUUUCUGGAACCAUUGGUACUGGUAACAACACUACUAUUAAUAAUGUAAUUCUAGUUGAUGUGCAAAAUGAGAUGGGUUGCAAAAUUGCCCUUGUCAGAAGUGAUCAUGGUGGGGAAUUUGAGAAUAAAGAAUUUGAGAAUCUUUUUUAUCAGAAUGGAAUAUCCCAUGAUUUCUCUUGCCCUAGAAUUCUUCAGCAGAAUGGAUUUGUGGAAAGAAAGAAUCGGGCCCUACAAGAGAUGGCUAGAACCAUGAUUCACGAAACUGGCAUGGCAAAGCAGUUGUUACCCUUGAUCAAGUUCACCUACAACAACAGUUUCCACACGAGCAUAGGGAUGGCGCCCUACAAAGCACUUUAUGGUCGAAGGUGUCGUACACCCCUAUGUUGGCAUCAAGACGAGGAGAACUUGGAUAUUGGGCCUGAAUUAGUUCAACAGGCCACUGAGGAGGUGAAGCGGGUCCAGGAAAGGAUGAGGAUCUCGCAGAGUCGUCAGAAGAGCUAUGCUUACAAUCGGAGAAAGGAAUUAGAGUUUCAUGCUAGAGAUCAUAUUACAGAGCGUGUUGGACCAGUGGCGUAUAGAAUUGCACUACCGCCAUUCCCUUCCAACUUUCAUGACGUGCUACAUGUGUCGCAACUGCGGAAGUAUAUGGCCGAUGAUUCUCAUGUGAUUGAACCUGAUGACAUACAGCUGAAGGAUGAUCUAACGAUGGAGAUGCCACCCAUCAAGAUUGUCGACACGAGUACUAAGCGCAUGAGGAACAAGGAGGUGUCAUUGGUGAAAGUGAUUUGGAAUUAA